AUGGGAAUUGAAGAGGCGUGUGUCUACAAUCUCAUCGACAAAACUGAACUAGAUUCGAUCAAGAAACGAAGGAGAACGAAUCAAUUUACGGAAUGCCAAAUCGAUCUUAAAUAUCGAGAGGAACUAGGUCGAAAACGGGUUGGAAAAGGGCCGGACACAAGGCCUCCAUGGCCUGCUAUGUUCUCGAACGAGAACAGCCCUUUUGGGAUUGAGAGGAUUGGAGAUGUGGUUUAUUGUCUGGUUCUGCAGUCAGACAUAUCUUUAGUACAUCCUUCGUUUCAUGUUUAUAUGUUGAGGAAGUGCAUCUCAGGUCCUUCACAUGUGAUUUUGCGUAGGUUGCAGAACAAGGAGAUUCUGAUGGUUAAAGUUAUGUGGCUGAAUCAUUUUGUUGAGGAGUACACUUGGGAGACGGAGUCUGAUAUGCGGAAACGUUAUCCUUUCCCCUUUAAUUGA